GUUCCCGCACGCUAAGUCUGUAUUCAAUAAUCCACGUACAAUCGAAAGCAUGUAUGCGGUGUUUAUACAUGUCUUCAGAAAUUCUUACUUCCAUCUUUAACAGUUUAAGGAAUGUGAAAAUGGGGAUAUCACUACUGUGGAAGGAGGACCGUAAUGUUAGCACAACUACUAGACAGGGUAUGGCAACAACGCACUGCAUCGGACAGAUAUUUUUGCGUCAGAUCGUAUUCAAACCCUGCUUUGAAGAUAAAUUUGCCUUGAGAAAAUGAUAUCAGUUAUCAACUUCGCAAUUUAGGGAGAUGAAUUUUCGCCCCAACUGCCGGUGUUAUCGCUCCCGCUUCAAAGAAUGCUUCUUUUUGAUCAGCGGCGUCGUCUUGCUCUGGUACUGCGUUGGGAUUUUGCUGAACCACAAGCCAAUUGAUGAUCCAUUGAGACGCACUGCAAAGAGGACCAGCGAAAUUAAAGAUGUUCGCAAUGAAAAGACCAUAAGCCGUCAACAAAAAGAACAUGUAUCGUCAUUGAAUAAAACAUGGCUCCCUUGGAAGAAGAUUGGAAGCCAAGGUGUUUACCGCGCAUGCGUGAAGAGACCGGAACCGGAAGCAAUGAGAGACGUCAUUACAGGGGAGCUAAUCCUGCAAGACAGAGCCAGCAGACUCACAAUUGAGGCAUGCGUUGACGCUUGUAUUCAGUUGGUGUUUACGUACGCAUCACUGAGCCGUGGUAGUGAAUGCUACUGCACAGACCUUUCAUCAAAAUCACAGUUCUUGUCGUACGAAGACAGCGCCCUCUGCGACGUGAAAUGUACAGGGGACAGGUAUCACAGCUGCGGAGGAGAUAACUAUAUGUCCGUUUAUAGGACGUCCGUACCAGAUGCUAGAUGUUCCGCCAUUAAACUGGGCACCCCCGGCUCGCUCCCGCUCAUUGCAUUGGCUUCGUACCCCCGGUCCGGCAAUACAUGGACGCGACAUCUUAUUCAGAAAGCGACAGGAAUAUACACAGGGAGUGUUUAUUGGGAGGGUGAAAGGGAAAUGAAAGUUGCAAAGAGAGAGUUCUUGGGAGGAAUCGUAGACUACAAAAACAAGGACACUAUCUGCGUCAAGACCCAUAAGCUUGACAGGGACAAGUUUGAGGGCGCCAUCAUGCUUAUUCGGAAUCCUUACCGAUCGAUCGUUUCCGAAGUUUUCCGAAGACAAAUGUUCGUCUCGGGAGCCAAGCGUGAGGAAGCUGUCAAAUAUUUCACAUCAAAAGAGUGGAAGAGAUACGUUGAUGAAGAAAUCAAGAACUGGAAAUUAAUGAAUCUGCACUGGAUACAGAGUGGGAAACCAUUUCUUCCGAUCUUUUACGAAGAUCUCGAAGCCGAGACCGUCCGAAAGUUGACGGAGAUGGUCGAGUUUCUCAAUCGACCGGUGGAACACGAACGGAUCGUCUGCGCAACUCAAGAUCGCCCAUCCUCCUUGGCAACAAGCCCCUCCCUCGGCAAAGACGGCAGGAAGACGCGUGUUUAUCUCACCGAGGACCCUUUCACAUCUGAAAUGCAUCAGAAAAUUGAUCAAACUAUACAACUCGUCAACAGAACUCUAUUUAAAUUUCACAGGAAAGUUUUACCCACGGAAUACCUGAAGAAAACCGAUAUAUUCUAAAAGCUAUCAGGGAUAUGUUGUUUUCAAGUUAAAGGACAAGUCCACCCCAACAAAAAGUUGAUUUGAAUGAAAAGAGAAAAAUCCAACAAACAUAACACUGAA